UUUUAAACGAACUUAUAAAAAGCAUUUUAAAUCGAGGUGACUUCACUGGGAUUUAUUAUGGAAAAUAUGUUUAUUAGAGCGCUUGCAGUGAUCUCUUUUACCAUGGUUACCAAAUGUAAAGGAACGGUGCUCGUGACAUCUGACCAACAGUACGCGCCUUUAAAUGGUCAAAUAACGCUAACUUGCAAUGUUGAUAUGGACGGCGUUCAAGAUGUAAACUUCAAAAGAGGCAGCACCCAGCGCACUCAGCUUGGUUCCUGCGAUAUAUUUGGCUGCCAAACAUCAAACGCGGUGAAAUACAGUACAUCCAAGAACAGUGAGCCAAGUGGGUACGAUUUGUUUUACCUCACGAUCAAAGACUUCAGAGAAACUGACAGCGACGACUAUCACUGUGAAGUAGCAGCCAAUAGAAACUCUGGAUCAAAGUACAUUACUUACGCAGUGGGUAUAACAUCGGUUACACUGACGCCAAACACGGAUCCUAUUUCCGUCAUUGAGAACGUUCAGCAGCAAUUUACGUGCGUUACUUCUGUCAGUCGUCCAGCAGCUGUCGUAAAGUGGUACCUAGAUGAUAAACAAGUAACUUCCGGAAUUUUCACGGCAACGUCGCAAGAUGUUACCACGAGUACUCUUACAUACACACCUGAGAGGAUACAUCACGACAGGGGAAUUAGUUGUCAAGGAAGUAAUGGUGGACAGGACCUGAUCUCUACUAAUAAACCAACACUAAACAUUCUUUAUGGGCCAAGUGUUCCGGCGUGUACCUACGAUGGGUCUGCAAUGCCCUCUUUGAUCAAAGUAAGGGAAGGUUGGGAGGUUCGACUUGAAUGCAAUAGUGACGGAAACCCGUCCCCAACACUUUCAUGGUCACAUCCUGGGGGCGGUCUCUCCAGUCCUCUUGUUUUGAGUAACUUUAAACGGACACAUGACGGAAUCUUCAACAUCAGUGCAAGAAGCUACUUAGUCCCUUCAUUUCAACAGACUGCGAAUCUGUCUAGUUCCGUCAAAACAACUGUCCAAGUGUUAUAUCCUCCAGAUGCCCCAAGCUGCCGCGUCGGAUCAUCAACUAUUACAUCGAGUACCAUAUAUGCUGUAAGAGGAAAGACUAUUUCUAUGAAUUGUUCUUGCAAUAGCAAUCCUGCGCCAAACUAUUCGUGGUCUAUGACUGGGGUAUCUUCGUCAACAUCAGGACAAUAUAUUCAGUUGCCAAUUCAGGACAGGACUACAGUAACUCUAACCCUAGAAAACACCAUGCAGUUUACAAACGGAAGUACUGAACAAGGAAGACGAGAAUCUACCUUUGAGGUCAAUGUUCUUUUUCCUCCCGUGGUAAAGCCGCUGGCGAACGUCGUUGCUCUCGAACGAGGCAAUAUUUCUGUGGCUUGUCAGAUUACUGCCGGUGUUCCCAAUAAUACCGACUUUAAAUGGGAGAGAAUAUUUGAUAUGAUCCAAGUUUCCAUGGAGCAGACACUUGGAAUCAUAAACAUAGGUCGAACCCAGAGUGGUUACUACAGAUGUACAGCUUCAAACCUCAUGGAACCUACAGGAUAUGACGCAACCUUUGGCAACAGUAGCAAUACAGUCUACAUUGAUGUGCAAUAUGAGGCAGAAGUGACGAAUUUUACAUUAUCGAAUUCGAAUCAUGGGCAAAACUUUGAAGUAAAUGAAAACACGAAAGUCAUAUUUUAUUGUCAAGCAAAAAGUAAUCCAUUACCAAAUAUAUCGUUGUUGAAACAAAGUCAAUAUUUAAAAUCUGCCACUAACACAAACGAUUUGGAAUUCACGAUCAGCGAAAGUGUUUGUGAGGACGAUGGCACUUACCAGUGUACAGCACAAAACACACACAAUACUCAAGCUGAUGUCAGGUCCUUGACGCUGUUUGUUAGAUGUGCUCCUCGGGCAACGACAUUAGCCCCAAUAAACCAUAACGUCAGAAGUGCUACUGGAGUGCCAGCAGUAUUAACUCUAAAGUUAGUAGCCUUUCCGCGACCAAGUGUUAAAGACUUUUUGUGGGAGAAGAAAGAUUUAGCUACUAAUACGUGGCAUAUCGUUGCUGAUGACACAUACAUCGACAUAAUUAUAUCAGAAGACGGACUUCAAACUGAAUUAUUCUUCAGGUCCGUAGAGGAAAAAGAUUUCGGGAGUUACAUUGUACAUGUCAACAACGAACUUGGAACUUAUUCCGAAACUUUUAGACUGCUGGCGCAAGAGCGUCCACAUACUCCCUUCAAUCUACAACACCUUAAAAAUGGCACAAUUGACACGGUACACAUUGAAUGGACACCAGGGUUUGAUGGAGGUCUGCCCCAAACGUUUCACGUAGAAUACAGAGAUGUUGAAACAUCUGUCUGGAGGAAUGACAUGGUUAACACUGGAAAGAUCAGCCAUGUCAUUGUUGGAUUAAGUCCAAAUACAAUAUACGAAAUAAGAGUCUAUUCAACAAAUGACAUUGGUAGAUCAAACGUGUCGAACGCUAUAGAAGUUACCACAUUGAAAAGGCCGGAAACGGAAGACAUACCUCCGAAUCAUGCUCCGGUUGUUGGUGGUGCAGUUGGCGGAAGUCUCGGGGCAAUUUUUGCUGCAGUCGUAUUAGUGCUUAUUCUGAGACGAAAGUACACACUGCACUGUUCCUGUAACAUGUCCCUAUCUACGAAAGAAGAUGAACAUUCGGGUCGAAAUGGCCACGGUGAUGAGAAUCAGGGAUAUAACGCUGCCGUAACGUACGAAGUAGUGUCAGCAACAAAGGAGACGCCCGUCUACGAUGCUUUAAGUAGAUGUUGGAAACGAUGGACCCGAGAAUUCGCAAGUGUACAUGCCGUUAGAGGAUUCAAAUCCUCAUGUUUAUUAUGAGAAUGUUGAGCGAGAUGAUGCCGUAUACAAAAACACGGUGCUGAAAAACCCAGUGCAGACAGUGCUUUAAGCAGUAAAAAAGCUCUAGCUCAUACGAGAAAUUAUCUCCGUUUCACUAUUAUAUACUUUUGUGACUUUUUCGUUUUAUAAAGAGUAAUAUUCAGAAAAUUAAUGAAAUGUAUGAAAUAUGUAACAUGUUCUUAUAUGCAUACUUAAUUGUAAGAUUAAUCUAACAAAACAAACCUUUUGAUAGUUUAAUGUCCAUGGACGUAUAACUUAAAAUAAUGCA